CAUGUUUUGUAGAAUAUCAGGAAAAGCGAGACCGUUCAGCUACUAAACAGAGUCAAGAUUCUAGUAUCUCCCAAGAUCCUUUUCAGCAAGGACAUGUAAAGUCUGAGUGAAACAACCCCUAAAGUUCCAUUGCUGAGCACAAAGUACUUCAAAUGUCUGCUGGAAGAACAUCUUCUGGGUUGCAGUCAGGGGUUUCCCAUGACAUCCGUAUUGAUCGAAUAAGAGGUCCCCAUUAUGAUGAAGUUGCUGUAGAUCCACCUGUCCCUUUGCAAGAGACUAGGGAAAGCAACUGCACUUUGAAUUCAGAGCCUCUGCCACCACCCCCUCUGCCUAUUCAGCCGCCAGUUGGGGCAGAGUUUUACCCAAGUGAGAAUGAUGAGCCUGUUGAAGAUCUAGACCUGAAGCCCAUUCGUCGUUUUAUUCCAGACUCGUGGAAAAAUUUUUUCAGGGGCAGCAAGAACAAGAACCAAUGGGAAAUGCCAAACUUGAAUAAUCAUUCUAACAGUGAUGGCGUGCAGUGCUCACCUCCUGCUUCUCCAACACCAUCUGUUCGUAACCAGAAAUCAGUUGCUAGUUCCUACCGAGAUCCGUAUGGAGGUUCUGGUGGCAGCUACAACUCCCGCAAAGACAGAGAAGUCAUGAUACCUCAUGAGCCUUAUGAUUCUUUGGACAGGAGGACUUAUCGCACAGCAAUGACUUACAGUGAAAAAUUAGAAGCCUAUGAGAUGAAAUACUCUUUUAUGAAGUCCUGGCCUGGCCUCCUGAGAAUACUUUGCAUUUUUGAACUGCUUCUCGGUGCUGCUGUCUUUGCCUGUGUCUGUGCCUACAUUCAUAAGGAUAAUGAAUGGUACAACAUGUUUGGUUACUCACAACCAUACAGUUAUGCUGGUAGUAGUAUGAGUGGAGGCUACUACUACAGUGGACCUAAAACCCCUUUCAUUCUGGUUGUGGCAGGGCUGGCUUGGAUUGUUACUGUGAUCCUCCUUGUUCUUGGUAUGACCAUGUAUUAUCGUGCUAUUCUCUUGGGAUCAAACUGGUGGCCAUUAACAGAGUUUGGCCUGAAUGUGUCUCUCUUCAUUUUAUAUCUGUCUGCCGCCAUUGUUUAUGUGAAUGAUAUUAACCGGGGAGGACUUUGCUAUUACCCUUUGUUUAACAAUGGAAUAAACGGUGCUUUUUGCCGCAUUGAAGGAGGCCAGACAGCAGGAGCAAUUUUUCUCUUUGUCACAAUGUUCAUAUAUAUCAUCAGUGCAAUCGUCUGUCUUAAGCUUUGGAGGCAUGAGGCAGCAAAAAAAUUUAAGAAAUACAUGGAGCAAGAGAUGAAGUCAACUCAGAUAACUGGACAAAAUGCAAUGGUCUCAGAAGUUCCCGAUGGGCAAAUGAAACCUCAAAGAGUUGUUCACAAAGAGUACAAAGAUGUGGAGGUAAAACCAGAAAUUCUAAAUGGGCAUAUUCCUUCAGGAUACAUCCCCAAGCCUUUAGUGAUGCCAGAUUAUAUAGCAAAAUACCCCACCAUUCAUAGUACUGAAGAGCGAGAUCGUUAUAAAGCUGUGUUCAAUGAUCAGUACUCUGAGUAUAAAGAACUUAAUGCAGAGGUCCAAGCAAUGAGCAAGAAAAUCGCAGAACUGGAUGCUAUGGUGAAAAAGCUGCCUCAUUUUUCUGAAAACAAAAUGGAGCAUGAACGAAUUAAUAAAAUUCUUGAAGAAUUUCAAAGAAAAAAAAAUGAUCCUUCAUUCUUGGAGAAAAAAGAGCGGUGUGAAUAUCUGAAAAAUAAAUUAUCCCAUAUCAAACAAAAAAUUCAAGAAUAUGAUAAAGUUAUGGACUGGAAUGAUGGCUACUGAUAAUUAAAAUGAUCAACAGUAAGCAAAUUGCAGACUACCAGAACCUGUCAAACUGAAGAGUCUGUGUAAAUUUGUGCUUUAUGUACAGUUUUACUAGUAAACACAGAGUACAUGCUAUAUUAAGUUCUUGUUAAUAAAUUACAGUUUUUGCAUAAAACCUCAACUACUUAAAAUAAUUUUUGUUUGAUUAACAAAUAAUCUUACAGAGGCCCUUGCUGUUAAACUAAAUAUGUAAGAGUUACAGUAUAUUAUAUUAUAUAUUAUAUUUUAUAUAUAUGUAUGUAUAUAUAAAACCCCAUUUGAAGUGUUGUUUUUACCUUACUAUAGUUUACUAAAAAUAAAAACUACAUGAACAUGCAAAAAAUUAGAAGAUGUUGAUUAAUGAUUUCAGUUUUUAAACUGACAUGUUUACAAACCAAAAUAUAUUUGUAAUAACAAUUAUUACACUUUUUACUAUUUAGGGUUGCCAUAUAAUAAAAUAUUCUGUUACUUUAUUGGAAAAAUAGUUCAAACAGUGUAAUUGUAUUCAACCUGAAAAAAAGCUUCACUUCCAGAUUACUUAUGCUUGGUCAGAUGUAGAACAAGAGAAUUUUACAGGUAAAAGAGGCAAUAUUGAGUGAUUAGACACCAGAACUGUUUUAUUGCCAUUCUGCUUAUUAGAAAAUGUUUUUCAUAGAUAAGGAAUUUCUUCUUUCACUGUGAAAAUGGAUGCAUAUUCAUCAUAUACUGUAUGUAAGGCAUGAUGACAAACUUGUACAACAUCUACAGUAAACUUCUAGGUUUUGUUGUAUUAAGUAUAUGUACACAUAUGUAUAAAAAAUGUAUAAAAAAAUAGUAUGAUGGGGGGAUCAUGUUUGAUGUCCAGCUGCAGUGAUAAUCGGAAAUGCCAUGUUUGUCUUGCUAUGUUUUGCAAACAUCUUUAUUAAAGUCAGAUUUAACAGGAUUAGUGUGUGGUAUCCAAGUAAAAUUUACUUGUACCUUAUUUGUAAAUAGCAUAAUGUGUUAUUGAAUGCUCAGGUCUAAUGUACAAAUUACAUUUUUUUACAUUCAGGAAUUUAUUAAAAAUGAAAUUUACAAAAGUUCAUUAACCUGCACCACUGAUUUAACCAUAUGAUGUUUAAUAUAUUGAGCUUUAAUAUGGAAGACAUUAUGCAUUUAUGGUGUAAGUUGUAUGUGCUGUGUAGUCAUUCAAAGGCUCUGGGAAAUUACCAUUAUACUGUAGUUUGUUGUUCUUGAGUUGGAGCUUAAAUAGUGAGAUAUUUUAUAUGCCAGUGAUCUUUAAGGACACUACCAAAAGUGUCAUUAUGUAAAAUACUGGAAAUUAUUUUGCAGCUGAAAUUAUAUUCUAUCAAUUUUAUUUUUUUUUAAGAUGCAAAUAAAAUGUUUUUAUUCAUGUUUUGA